UUUAAACUUUACAACUUUUAUUGCUUGUGUUUAUUUAAAUUAUAAAAUUUGGUUCAUCUUGUAAGUUACAAGUAGAGUGCCGCAUUAAACAAUCCCUUGUCUUGUAAAUCAUACUAAUUAAUGUCUUCGAUUUGAAAUACAUACACCAAAACAUCGUAAUAUUUUUGUAUGAUGAUCAAGACUAGCUACUUAAAUACGUUACUCAACCUAUGCACCAAAAAAGAAAUAGAUGAAAAAAAAAAAAAGAGUAUAUAUACCCCUAUGCUAGUCCAUGAAAACAAGCAAAAAAAACAUGGAGGAAUAUAUGAAGAUGUUCUUAGAGAAGACAAGUUUUUAUAAUGAGAUAGUGUUACCUAAGAAACUUUUUUCUUUAUUACCACAUUUUCUGAGCUCUUGGCUUCGAACAACACUUUGUGCAUUUGUGAUCUAUCCAAUAGCUGCAUUUUUCUGCCUCGACUUUUGGAAACGCUAUGUUUCUUCCUCUAAAGAAACGAUGCCUUCAAAAAGAGCUAUGAUAUCACAAGCAAUUGGAGCUCUAAUAUCGAUUCCAGUUAACACAUUGUUUUCGACGAUGUUUGAGUGGAUGAUUGAAAAUGGUUGGUCAAGAUGUUACCCUCGGAUUAGUGAUGUGGGCUGGCAAUCUUAUGUGUUACAUACACUUACAUAUCUUUUUGCUGUGGAAUUUGGGAUUUAUUGGGCUCAUAGAUUAUUACAUGAGAUCAAGCCAAUUUACAAGUAUAUUCAUGCACCUCAUCAUCGUUAUAGCAAGGAAAUCGCGCUUUCUCCUUUUGCAGGUUGGUCUGGUCACCCGUUGGAUGGAGCAAUACAAGAAACUCCUUAUGGUUUAAUACUAAUGUUUAUGCCUAUUCAUUUCACUACUUUAUUGGCGCUUUUUCUUGUCGAAGCAGUAUGGGGUAUUAUAAUACAUGACAGAAGCGACGCGAAAGGUUGGCCUAUUAUGGGUUCUAAUUAUCAUACCAUUCACCAUACGUCGGGCCAUCAUAAUUAUGGUAAUUAUACUAUUUUAAUGGAUUGGUUAUUUGGAACCCUUCGUCACCCUAAGAGUACUACCAAUGGUAUUAAAGUCCAAUGAUUAAAUUAUUGACCUGUAAUAUCACGAAAGUAAAAAUUUAUAAAUAAGACCGUCUUACUAUUAUAAGACCAACUUGUAGAUGGGUUGUGCCAAGAGGCGAGAGAAAUUGGAAAGGAUACACAUGCUUGCAAUAACUCACGAAAGUGAUCUUAUAAUGCUAAACCUUUUUGUCAAAUGAUUUUCACGCUUAUUGAUUCUUCUUGUAGUUUUAAAAUUAAAUAGUGUAGAUCAAUUUGUUG